AUGGAGGAGCCGCUGCUGCCCGCCCCCAUCAACCCCAACAACUUCCCGGCCAAGCUGUGGCGGCUGGUGAACAGCCCGCUGUUCCGCUCCAUCCGCUGGGACGCCAGUGGCGAGGGGCUGCUCAUCGACCAGCCGCUCUUCGAGUCCGAGCUGCUGGGCGCGGGGCCGGGCCGCGCCGCGGGGCCGGGCCGCGCCGCGGGGCCGGGCGGCGACGGGGCGGUGGGGGCCGGCGACCUCUUCAAGACCACCAACUUCACCAGCUUCAUCCGGCAGCUCAACCUCUACGGCUUCCGCAAGGUGGUGAUGGGGCCGGCGGGCGGAGUGGCGGGGACCGGGACCGGACCCGGACCCGGACCCGGGCCGGGCCCAGGGGGCGACGGCGGCGGCUCCGGGGGCCCCCUGCACCACUUCCACAGCCCCCACUUCCGCCGCGACCGCCCCGACCUCCUCGUCCACCUCAAGCGCCUGACGAGCGCCAACAAGGCGAAGCUGGCGGCCGGGCUGGAGGUGACGAGCCGCCCGCCCAACCGCUUCCAGCGCCUGCUCGGCACCUCGCUGCACGGGGACCUGCUGCUGCCGCCCUCGACGCCCGGCAAGGCCGACCGGCCCGGACUGCUGACUGUAGGACAGUUUCAUGGACCUUAUCAUCAAGACAGUUUAUUUCCUUACUCCUACAUAUCGGCCUCAUCCCACAACCACAGCACGUUACCAUCAAAAAGUUUAGAUCGGACUCCAGUCCCUUCCAGAACAUGGCAGAAUUCUCUUGGGUUUGUUCCAGGACACGAGGCUUCCCCAGCCUUUUCAGAUAAAGGGGUUGCCUUUCCAGUACUCCAGAGGUUUCCGACAGAGGUCACGUACACACUACAGCCCAACACCUCUCCUGUGCCGCUUCAGCAACGGUCUCAAGCCAUUGCCACUUCCCCUCCAAAAUACAGCAGCUACACAUCUUCAAUGCAGUUCUCACAAACCUAUUACCCAACAGCUGCACUGCAGUGUUGCUCACCAACUACCCACAUAGAUCCUCUGACUGGCUAUGCUAGUCCUACAGCUUCGACGUACGCCCACUGCAGCUUUUUCCAGAGUCCUCCAAUGCAGUCGCCUUAUGCAGUUGAAUUUCUACCCUCUAACUGGCCAUGUAAUACAUCUGAUGAAAACAAGAAGACAGAAGUAAAUCUUGAAGCCGUGUUUCAGAUUGUUGAUGAAAUGCAUUCAACACCUAAAGCUGAAAUGGUGAAAGUGGAACCUGUGGAGAACCAGUGUUCAAGCCCUCGGUCCAACAGAAGCCAACCACUGCUAGUUGAUACUGAGAACAGUGAUCCACCUUCUUCAAUCGAGGAGAGCCAACUGGAACCUCUUACUCCUGUAGCUUCAGACAUUACAUCAUUUGUGAUGGGAGCAGAUCAAGAAAUGACUUGUCCUCUGUCACAACCUUCUGAAUUUCUUUACGCUCUCCGUACCUCUGCAUCAGUAGAAAGUGGUACAGCUCAAAUUCUGCAAGAACCUGUGACCAUGCAGGAAGCACAUGCAAAACUGAGAGAACAACAAGAUCACUUCCCAACUCCAUCCUCAGUAAUGUUUGUUCAGGAAGGACAGCGGUUCAGUCCACAGAAGGUAAGGGCUAAAUGUCAAUCCAAUACAUCAGGGACAGUGGUGUCUUCAGAAGAGAUAGAAUUCCUCACUUCAGGAACUGGGCCUGUGAACAAGUCUGCAGUUUCAUCUGUACAACCUAGAAGCAGAGAGAGAAGAAACAGUACACAGAACAGCAAGUCCCCUGAUCUCCAUCUGCUGGUAGAUGUAGCUUGCAAGCAGGGGCACUUUCCAAAGGAAGAAAUAAGAGAGUGA